AUUAGGAUGGUAGAAGUUGAGUGACUUGAACAGUCACAAGUGCAUGAACUACAAAGUCUACCUACCACCUUAGUUUUCGACUUUUCGGUCUUAAAUCAAAGGCUCUAAAACUACCACACCGUUAUAUACCCGUUCUGCUAUCCUUCUUCCAUUGCUUCCCACAAUUCAUCAUCAUUCUUUCCUACACUAUGGCAAGUGAAACGGUAAUGGUUGAUGAAAUCUCCUAUCCUUCCACGAUCACUACUACCAAGCCCCUGUCUCUUCUUGGUCAUGGAAUCAAGGACAUGGAGAUCCACUUCCUCCAAGUGAAGUUCUAUACAAUCGGGGUCUAUUUGGACCCUGAAAUAGUGAACCACUUAACACAGUGGAAGGGUACAGCCCCAAAGGAGCUUGAAGAGAAAGAAGAAUUCUUUGAUGGUGUGAUUGCAGCUCCAGUGGAGAAGGUGAUUAGGCUUGUGGUGAUCAAAGAGAUCAAGGGAGCACAGUAUGGGGUUCAGAUUGAGACUGCUGUGAGGGACCGUUUGGCUGCUGAUGACAAAUACGAGGAUGAAGAAGAAGCUGAAUUGGAAAAGAUUGUUGAGUUCUUCCAAUCUAAGUACUUCAAGAAGAAUUCAGUCAUCACAUAUCAUUUCCCAGCUAACUCUCCAACUGCGGAGAUUGUGGUGUCUUUGGAGGGGAAGGAAGAUUCAAAGUUUGUGGUAGAGAAUGCCAAUGUGGUGGAGACCAUAAAAAAAUGGUACCUUGGCGGCUCAAGUGCUAUCUCACCCUCAACCAUUUCAUCUUUGGCUACCACCUUCUCUCAGGAAUUGUCCAAGUGAAACAAGACAAACUCUUCUGUGUUGCAAUGAUCUUGUUAUAUGUUUUGCUGAUUUCUAUCUACUUUUUCACUUAUUGCAAUAAUAUUUAAUUAUUGUAUUUAA